AUCCUGGUCAAGCCAAGAAACGCUUGGGCACUGCGGGAAGUGACAUCUGUAUGCAUGGUUUCUGGAAGAAGAAAUAAUGCCCGUCAGACAAGCGUGCUGAUUGAUGGAAAUUUGCUGUGGCGUUGCCUCGGCUUGACCCCAAGCCAACGGCGUCAGAGCACCUCGCAUCUCGACCGCGCCCAACCGCCUGAGGGCCUAUUGUUGCUUGUAGGGCACAGGAAUCAGCCCCCGGCCUGGACUUCCCCCGCAGGGGAUUUCCCCAAUUUAUGCGGUGUCAAGGCUUAUUACUUCCCUUGGUUGAUACUUUGAGCAUUAUUGCCGCCAUGACCACGUUCACGAAGCUUGGUGCCCAGGGUGCACCGAGUAUUUCCAUCCACCCAACAAGACGCCUUUCCAAGAUUAACCCAAACAUCUAUGCGGGGUUCACGGAACAUAUGGGUCGAUGCAUCUACGGGGGAAUCUAUGACCCGGGUAACCCAUUGUCGGACGAGAAUGGCUUCCGAAAGGAUGUCCUCGAAGCUCUGAAGGAGCUUAACAUACCUGUCGUCCGAUAUCCCGGCGGGAACUUCAUGGCGACAUAUCAUUGGAUUGAUGGGGUUGGACCGAAGGAAAAACGGCCUGCCAGACCCGAGUUGGCAUGGCUGGGAACGGAGACGAACCAGUUCGGAACUGAUGAGUUCUUGAAAUGGUGCGAAGUCCUUGGAACUGAGCCUUAUUUCUGUCUGAACUUUGGAACAGGAACUCUUGAUGAAGCGCUGGCGUGGGUGGAAUACUGUAACGGCACCAAGGACACCUACUAUGCCAACCUUCGACGGAAGAAUGGACACGAGGAGCCAUACAACGUCAAAUACUGGGCCCUUGGUAACGAGACCUGGGGCCCCUGGCAGGUCGAACAAAUUACCAAGGAAGCAUAUGCUCACAAAGCCUAUCAAUGGGCCAAGGCCCUGAAGCUCCUUGAUCCCAGUCUGAUCCUGGUCCUUUGUGGUCAGGACGGCACAGCUUCAUGGGACUACUAUACCCUAAAGCACUGCCUGCUCCCAGCCCACUCACCCCUAUCCACCAGCACUGUCCCCCUCAUCGACAUGCACAGCAUCCACCUCUACACAUCCUCCACCUCCCAUCUACCAAACGUCACCGCUCCCCUAGCCGCAGAGCGCGCCAUUGAAAUUACCUCUUCCCUGAUCGACCUCGCCCGGAUCGAAAACGGGGUUCCCCCGGACCAACUCCGACCAACCAUUUGCUUCGACGAAUGGAACGUUUGGGAUCCCAUCCGCGCAGAGGGUAGUAAAGGCGCAGAAGAGUCUUACACUCUUUCCGAUGCACUGGCCGUAGCCGUCUACCUCAACGUGUUUGUCCGGAAAAGCAAAGACGUGGGCAUGGCCUGCAUUGCGCAGACAGUUAAUGUCAUCUCCCCCCUUAUGACCAGUAAGAAUGGCAUCACUAAGCAGACAACCUGGUGGCCUCUGUCUCUGUUUUCGAAGUACAUGCGGGGCUGGACCAUCGGUGUGCAUCUUUCUUGUGCUGCCUAUGAAGGUGAGACGUCUCCGAAGUGGGUGCGUGGUGUGAAGGACACGCCCUGGCUGGAUGUGAGUGCUACGCUGGGUGAAGAUGGGUAUGUGAACGUUGCAGUGGUUAAUAUCGAUGCUGAGAGGGGCAUCCAGAGUAAGAUUGAGGGGCCGUCGGGGAGUAUUUCUGUCUUCACUGUUACUGGUGACAGUGUGGGGGCGUGUAACAUGAACGGCAAGCAGGAGGUUGGUGUGACGGAGAGUACGUGGGAGGCCACGGGAUCAUAUCUAUUCCCUAAGCACUCUUUGACGUUGCUGAGAUGGAAGGCAGAGUAGCUGAUAAACUUGAGCUUUGCUAUAGAGAGGGCUAGACUGGCUACAAUACAAUCUCUCACAUCCUAUCAUAUCUUUACUAGACAUAUCGCGAUAUCUUAUCAGCCAACUACA